AUGUGUCACACGCUUUCCGGGCCAAACAGCCAAAAGAGCAGUUCGUGCUAUUUUGCCAUCAUCCUUAGUAAGUCGUUGACAUAUUUCCUCUUUCAAGUGGCGGUCGCCCUUUUAGCGAUCGUGACCUACUGUCUCCACCGAAAAUUAACCUACUUUAAGCGUCGUGGUAUUCCGUAUGACAGGGGAAACAUGGAUGGAUAUAAGAAAACCAAGACCGUUCACGAAAUCUACAAGGGUUACUACAACAAAUAUUGGAACAGCAAGGCUCCUUUUGUGGGAUUCUACCUCUUCCAAAAGCCUGCCGCAUUCAUUAUAGAUCUAGAGCUGGCUAAGCAAAUACUGAUAAAGAACUUUUCCAAUUUCUCCGACAAGGGAAUUUACUACAAUAAAAAAGAUGAUCCCAUGUGUGCACAUCUUUUUAAUCUAGAUGGUCCGCAGUGGCGUUUGCUGAGGAGCAAAUUGUCCCCGACUUUCACAUCUGGUAAAAUGAAGUUCAUGUAUCCGACAGUCGUUUCUGUGGCUGAUGAAUUUAUGGCUGUGAUGCAUGAGGUAGCCGAAAACUGUGUACUGGAGGUUCGGGAUCUGGUGGCCAGGUUCACGGUGGAUGUCAUCGGAACCUGCGCCUUUGGCAUCCAGUGCAAUAGUCUGCGAGAUGAGAGGGCCGAAUUUUUGCAUUUUGGACGGCGCUCCUUAUUGGAUGCGCGACAUGGUAAGCUUUUGACUGGCUUCAUGCGGAGCUAUCUCAACUUGGGCAGACGAUUGGCGCUCCAGCGAAAUGCCGCUCAUAUCCGGAACUUCUACCACAGAAUAGUCAAAGAGACUGUGAGUUUGCGUGAAAAGGAGAAUAUCAAACGGAAUGAUUUCAUGGACAUGCUUAUUGCCUUGAAAAACCAAAAGGAAAUGACUCUUGAAAAUGGCGAGGUAGUUAAAGGGUUGACUAUGGAGGAAGUAAUUGCCCAAUCCUUUGUGUUCUUCAUUGCCGGUUUCGAUACCUCAUCCGCCACAAUGGGAUUUGCUCUCUACGAAAUGGCCAAAAAUCAGGAAAUACAAGAUAGAGUUAGGGCCGAGUUGGGGGAGGUUUUGCAGAAUCAUGAUCAGAAGUUUACCUACGAAUGCAUCCCAGAUCUUAAGUACCUCAACCAGGUUAUAAAUGAAACCCUACGCCAUUAUUCUAUUGUACCCAAAGUAGAUCGAGUGGCCGCCAAGCGUUUUGUAGUCUCUGGAAACCCAAAAUUUGUGAUUGAAGCUGGACAGUCCGUCAUCAUUCCCUCAACGGCCAUCCAUCACGAUCCCAGCAUCUAUCCCGAACCCAAUGAAUUCCGUCCCGAGCGAUUCUCUCCAGAGGAAUCCUCCAACCGUCCUUCAGUCGCCUGGCUGCCUUUUGGAGAAGGUCCUCGGAACUGCAUUGGCCUUAGAUUUGGUCAAAUGCAGGCUCGCACUGGACUCGCUCUGCUUAUCAAGAACUUCAGGCUCUCCACAUGCUCAAAAACCGCAGAUCCUCUGAUCUUCGAUCCAAACUCCACAAUUUUACUUGGAAUAAAAGGAGGAAUUUAUCUAAAGUUGGAGGCAGUCUAAAUGGGAGGAAGAAGAAAUUUGCGACUGAAAGUGUUCAUUAAAUCUUGUAAAUAUUGAUAUAAAAAGUUAACCAUUUCAGUUCAGCUUUGCUUCUCAUAAAUUGGAAAUUCAAUACAUUUAUUAACAGGCCAUAAAGCUCUUAAAUUAAACUAAUGGAUUGAAAA